UUUUGAUUGUAUUUUUGAGCUGCAAUGCUGAUUAGUGAUAUCCUACUUCAUUAUUCUUUUCAAAAACAACUUAAGCAUAAAUAAAAACAUCCUAUAAUGUUGAUUCGCAGCAAUGUAAAUCUUAAUGUCAUCUCAUAGUCAUGCACCAGAAGGUCAGAGUGAUCUUUUAUAAGAAAAUACAAUACAUUGUAUGUCAGUAUUUCAGAAGAACAGGUAAACAAAAAAGCAAAACAUUUUUUAAAUUGUUUUAAUGUAUUAAAUUACCUCUACGUUGCCAUAAUUGAGAUUUGAGCUUAAUUCCAGUUAGUGGAUGAACACAGUACAGUUAGAUGUGGAGCUGUAGCAUGUGGAACAUUGUGCGUGGUUGGUAAGUAGUCACUGGGGGAGAUUAAGGCUGGCAGUCUUGGAGUAAGUCUGAUAAACAGCACUUCUUGUUCCCUGGGAAGGAGGGCUAAAGCCCGGCGGCAGACAGCCAGCAGCAAUGAUGGCACCAACUGUCACUGGCAGCCCACACUCUGCUGCCACACCAGCUCAAGCCUCUCUCUGUGUGUAUGUGUGUUGUCCUUCAGUAAGUGGCUAAUAGUGAUCCCAUGAAGGAGAGAGGGGCAAUAUAGACAAAGCAUGUGUCUCAGUAUUGAUAACCGUGCUUUCCAGUGGUCACAGACUGAUGUAAAACUUGAGUUCUGAUUGUAGGGCUGUUGGUGUUACAGCAUAGAAAAAGUAAAAAUAAAUACUGAUGGAGAAACUGUAAAUAACUUGACAGAAAAGGUCUAUAUCUGCAACUGUUUGCUAUGAUUAAAACACGAUAACUCAUUGCUAUUUCUUACCAGUAGAUAAUUUAGUAUUAAUACCCACCGUUAGACAAAAAUACGUCUUUCAAAUUAUUAUUAUAUUUGAACUUUUUCUUAUCUCUGUAGGAGGAUAUAUGUUGUUAAAUAUUGAGAUCAAGUUACUCUCAAUUUUGUCACUUUGGGGCCGUUAAAAAAAAAGCAAACUGAGCAUUGGGCCUCCUGGCCAGCAGAGGGCGCACAAGAGUGCUUAGCUUUUCACACAAAAUACGGAUCUGAAAACUUUACAUUUCUAGUUACAUAUAAUAGAAGCAACCCACAUUUAGACUCACUUGAAAGGUUUAAAUUUAGGAAGAGUUUGAAAAAACUGCCUAUUGCACUAGUUUUAGCAUACAGAGUUUGUUAGCUUUGCUAAGUCAAUUUUGCUAGUUCAAUCAUUUCUCCUUGGGUCAGUGCUGCAAUUAUUUGACCUUUAUUUCAUUUUGCAGAGUCUUUUGUGGGAUUAGUGUCCUUCAUUCAACCGUAAAGGCACUGGAAGAUGAGCAGAGAGAGAAGGGGAAUACAUGCAGCAAGUAAUUGGGAACUGAACUGGGAACAGCUACGUUGACGAAUGUAGCCUCUGUGGAGGGUGCGCCUGCUCUACCACUGAGCUAUGUGAUGCCCCGUUUGACCUUUAUUUCAAAUAAAUCUCACUACAUAAUGGACAGUUUUCCUUGUCAGCCAUAAAGUGGCUCCUCCUUCAUAACCCUACUGACUCAGAAAUCCAGCACUCUGGACCAAAUUCUUAUUUCAGAGAAAGAAACACACUGCCACAAUUUGUUCACUUAUUUAAUAGAUGUUAUUGGAGUAAAUAUUAUGAAUAUGCUGUUUAAUCUUCAUACUCUUAUCAAAACUGUCCCUGUACAUUUCUCCAUACAAUAUGCUGAAAGGUGUACGGUGGCAUCCAAAUGAUUUUCUCUGCCCAGAUAUUUUGUUCUGCCCAGGGUCGGGAUUUCAACAUGGCAAUUUGUUCGUAGUGGAUCUUACAAACAUUGUGUUAACAGUUAAGCUUUACUUUCCAUAAGCAAACAUUUGGAUGAACAUAAAGCUUCAUAAAAUGUUAUAUCUUCUUUAUUUGAUCCGACCAAAGAGUUUCAUGAGUUUUAUGGAGGAACAAUGUUUCUCUGUGCUCAGUGUUCUGUUGGUCAACCUUAUUUUCUUCUUUCAGUGAGAGCACUCUGUUGCAUGCAAUGAGCCAUAAAACUAUAACUUGUGUUAUUAAUUGGGCUUUAGGAUGAUGUGUUAGUUAUUAAGGUGUUUCUAACAGCUUUGGUUCUAACUCUUAGAAACUAUUUGAAGAUAAUAAAAAUAGGGUUGUCCCAUGAUCUGUAUUGGUCCUUUUUUGCUUUGUGAAUAAGACUGUCGCAUGUUUAAAAUAUAUGUCAGUUUCUCAUCUCUGUGAUAUUUCACUCAAGUUUCUGUGCUCUGUUUGGUUUUCAGCAUUGAGUGAAACAGCCUGAAACCCCUUCCCUGCCUCUUUACUCAUUGAUUACAACCUUAUAAGAUCCUCUGUCACUCCCUCUGGCCUCCCGCUGUUCCAUCCUGUCUGCUUCUUCAUCAUAGUUAAUCAGCUACAGUCAGUGGUUGAGCAGAUUCUCAUUUCUGUAAUGAUUGGCUCCUCCUGAUUGAAGGUGGAGCCUCCAGCGAUGCAUCAUGCAAACGUACCAGCGCAGCAGGACGUAUCCUCUCCGCUUCUCCCUCCCCUCCCUCUCUUUACCUCUCACUCUUCCUCUCACACAUGCGCCAGAGCUCAGACUGCAGCAGAGCGCAAAGCCAGCAAGGAUUUUACCAUUUAUUUUUGGAAAGGCAGAGAGACAUUUACCUGCUGAGGAGAUCCUGCAUGGAGGGUUGAUUGAAAAGGAGAAUCUCACAAGCUGCUGAGUGUGUAGGUUGGCACCUGGCCUUCAGAAGCAGCUGCGAGGACUUUUGUAAGCCUCUCCAUCUUUCCCAAGUGACCUGCCAGCUUCUCAUCACCUCUUCUGGUUAGGAUGCUCCGCUGUGCGCCCCUGUGCUGAGGAGGCGUCGGCGGGCAGCAGCAUGGACGCUGUGCUGGCCGGCAUCCCCACCAUCCCCUCCACCACCACCAAUCUGCCACCACCACCACGCUGCCCAGUCGAGCCGGGAGCUCCCCCCAUCCCCGCUGAUGGGCGAAGACACUGACGCCACCCUGACGCUCAACCACCACGGCUUCCUCCCCGACCACAACUAUGUGACUGAAGGGCUGCUCCUGGCUAUAGCCUGAAGAGCUCCGCCCAUCCUGUCCACCCCUCUCCACCCUGGAGUCCUCCCCCAGGAUGUUGAGCCCCAUCCAGGUGCUGUGCUCCGACAUCACUACCCUUUCUCUGGAGCCUGAGCCGUUUGCCUCUUACACUGAAGCGGAUAUCAUCUCCACUGUAGAGUUCAACCACACAGGAGAGCUCCUGGCCACAGGGGACAAAGGAGGCCGUGUGGUCAUCUUUCAGAGGGAACCAGAGAGCAAGUCUGAGCCAUUUUCCCAGGGAGAGUACAAUGUGUACAGCACCUUCCAGAGCCAUGAGCCCGAAUUCGACUACCUUAAAAGCCUGGAGAUUGAGGAGAAGAUCAAUAAGAUCCGAUGGCUGCCUCAGCAGAACGCUGCUCACUUUCUCCUCUCCACCAAUGAUAAAACCAUAAAGUUGUGGAAGGUGAGUGAAAGAGAUAAACGACCAGAAGGAUACAACCUGAAGGAUGAAGAAGGUCGCAUCAAGGAUAUCUCUACAGUCACCUCUUUGCAGGUGCCGGUCUUGAAGCCUAUGGACCUGAUGGUGGAGGUGAGCCCCCGGCGGGUGUUUGCCAACGCCCACACGUACCACAUCAACUCCAUCUCGGUCAAUUCGGACUAUGAGACCUACAUGUCAGCGGACGACCUGAGGAUCAACCUCUGGCAUCUAGACAUCACUGAUCGCAGCUUCAACAUUGUGGACAUCAAACCAGCAAACAUGGAGGAUCUGACGGAGGUGAUCACAGCUGCAGAGUUUCACCCCCUCCACUGUAACCUGUUUGUUUACAGCAGCAGCAAAGGCACCCUACGCCUCUGUGACAUGAGAGAAGCAGCGCUGUGCGACAAGCACUCCAAAUUGUUUGAGGAGCCCGAGGAUCCUAGCGCUCGCUCCUUUUUCUCUGAGAUUAUCUCCUCUGUGUCUGAUGUGAAGUUCAGCCACAGCGGCCGCUACCUGCUCACCAGAGACUACCUGACUGCAAAGGUGUGGGACCUCAACAUGGAGAGCAAGCCCCUGGAGACAUACCAGGUACACGAUUACCUCCGCAGCAAGUUGUGCUCCCUUUACGAGAACGACUGCAUCUUCGACAAGUUUGAGUGUGCCUGGAACGGCUCGGACAGUGUGAUUAUGACCGGCGCCUACAACAACUUUUUCCGAAUGUUUGACCGCAACACCAAGCGAGAUGUGACCCUGGAGGCCUCGCGGGAGAGCAGCAAACCCAGAGCCAUCCUGAAGCCACGGAGGGUCUGCGCCACCGGCGGGAAACGGCGGAAGGACGACAUCAGCGUGGACAGCCUGGACUUCACCAAGAAGAUCCUGCACACGGCCUGGCACCCCAACGAGAACAUCAUCGCCAUCGCUGCCACCAACAACCUGUACAUCUUCCAGGACAAACUCAACUCCGAGAUGCACUGAUGAAGGGUCGUCGGCGGCGGGUCCAAACGAGUUUACAAGCAAACAUGCAACUAUGCUAGAAUGUACAUUAUCAGACUCAAACGCUGGCCCACAGAACCCAGGAAGAUGCCUAACGCACACAGUCAGAAUGCAUACACACAUUCAUCUCCUCCUUAGUCUCCCACAAGUGAACGGAGUCCAGUCAGGGAUAAAAAAAGGAAAGUGGCUGCAUUACACAAUGGGUUAUUAUUGAAAAUUGUCCAAACUGUGUUUAUUUUUAUUGUUAUCCUGUGGAUUGUGGUAAAUUGUGUGGUAAUCACCACAGCUUGGCUUCUGAGUGGGUGGGAUCAGAUCCCCUCUCAGGCUAGAAGGACUUUUACAUUUCUUUGUCUUUUUUUAACUCUUCAGGCUCUCUUGCUUUCUCCACCUCCUCUUCCUCACCUCUCUGUAUUCGUGUGCUCAAGGAAAGCCUAUUCUUAUCCCCUUUGCCCACUGUUUUGUGUAAAAAAAACAAACAAAAUUGGGCCAUUUAUAUAACUGUCUGUUUUUCAUUCCAGAUAAAGCUCUCUGUUUUUGUAACUUCUUGUUAAAUGUCGACGACAAAAGGCAGAUCUGAUGAUGAAAAUGAAGCGACAUGUGAGAUAUGCAAAGAUGAACCCCGUGACUUUCCCCUCAUCCCAAACUGCACCAGACGCCUCUGCCCUCAAGAGGGGCGAAGCAUUCACAGUCCUGCAGACAGAAGCAGACGUUAACAGACACAAACCCACUACAGACCGUGUGUUUAAGCAAUGACUGUUUUCAUUUUUAGCCAAAACACAUCCAAACAUAUCAGUUUGUGUUUUUCGCUUCUGAUCCAGGGCUGUUGUGUGUGCUGCUGCUGCUUCAACACUCAAUACAUUAAACUCAGAUAAAGCAAAAAAGUAAAAAAUAAUAAUAAAAAAAACCGGCAAAGAAAUAUUUGCAACAAUCGAGCAAAAAGAUGCUGCAUGUUCAACAGAUUUAUUUUAUAAAUCGUCUGUCUGACUGACUUGGCUGCCUUCGUUAAACAUUUAAACCUAGCUGUAGAAAAGCUUCAGGGGAGCCUGGGGGGGGGGCCUCAGCAGCAGGAGCUGCCGUAGUUGACCGUUGACCUCCUAUUUGUGUCCUCGGAUGCUGAAGCAUGUUUACUCGAGUUCGGUUUGUACUCGUCCAUUCUGAAUGAAGCCGUCCACAGAUCAGUGUAAACUGAGAACCGA